ACCAUCAUGGAUACAACAAGCGACAAUCAUCGUGAACGAUGGGGCUACUCGUUCGAGUGGACUGACAAUCACCUCCCGGCAGAGGAAAUCGCAGCACUCCGGUCUCAUGUUGAUGAGCUCGGAUCUGCUGCGUUCGAAAAGCUUCAGGCUCUUGCUGGUGGAGGAGACAAAAAAUGCCCUAUCAGACCAGAACUAUACGCUGUCCUUCGAGACCACCAUCAAGAAGACGAGACACUUGAAGCAUUUUGGCAAGAACUUCAUUCGGUACCCGACUGGGUAGAUUGGACCCAGAUUGAACGUGCUCAGAGGUUCUUUGCAAGACAUGCGCUCGCAAAUAGUACUGCCUUUGCUCUGCAAGGUUUCAUCCGCGAGAACUCAGCAUCUCCGGGUAUUGCUGAAGUCUUCGCCAGGACGGGAGGUUUCGCGAUCAAAAAUCUGCUCUCUCGAGUCAUCGAAACCUUCACUUGGCUCAUCCACGUUACCAAUUCCCUGGAAUCCAUUCAGCCAGGUGGAGAAGGACACACUUCAACGAUCCGUGUCCGGCUUUUGCAUGCUGCUGUCAGACAGAGGAUCUUGAAGCUGGCGAGUUCUAGGCCUGAGUACUUCUCAGUCGAGAAGUUUGGUGCCCCAGUCAACGACCUCGAUUCCAUGAAUGCUAUCUCUCUCUUCUGCUGCAGUCCCAUGUGGGAUAGCUUUCCCAAAAUGGGAAUUUACCCCACCCAACAAGAGAUCGUUGAUUUCAUCGCUCUCUUCCGAUACAUUGCUUACCUCACCGGAACUCCGACAUCAUACUGGGAGACCCCAGAAAAGGCCAAAGCAGUCAUGGAGACAAUGCUGCUGUACGAGCUUGCUCCGAAUGGGACUUCGAAGAUCCUAGCUCACAACUUCGUCAAGUGGAUUGAGGAUCAACCUCCUCCAUAUCUCUCGCGAGGGUUCCUCGAAGCUGGAUGCAGGUGGAUGAAUGGUCCUGAGAUGUGUGAUGCACUCGGCUUGGGACGACCGGGACCAUACUACUAUGCUGUGUUUGCGGGACACAAUAUCCUCGUAUCUUUCUUGGCAUACUCGCAGAGACUCAUCCCUUCCUUCGAUCGGUUGGUCAUCAAUUUCUUCCGGAAAACAUUGUACAACGCGGUCACGGACCAUGCGUACCUCUCGGGAGGCAAGGGUCCUUUUGACUUCAAAUUUGUUCCCCAGCUCAACACCAAGUUCGGGAAGGAGGUGGAUCUUGGCGAGAUUGGGGGGAUAAGGAAGUUGUUCAGGCUUGUUGAGUUGGUGUUCUUCUUAGUGUUCUUGACCACAGUCCUGUUUUGGGGAGCGGGUCUUGUAUUUGCUGUUCGAUGGGUACUACCCAUAGUUCCAAAAGGCCUCAUUUCGCUGUAGCUGGCGUAAUGCAAUUCGACAAGGCCAUCAAGAAAUGAUGCCUUGGUCCAAUCCGUGUCAUAUUGUAACCUUUUGAAAUGAAAGACUCCAUCGAGCUUUGACAUAGCUUUCCAGACAUAGAAGCAUCUGCCGAGGAUAGGAAUGAUGUCCAACUCUUCGAGGCCGCGGUUCGUGUAGUGCUGAGACCUACAUCUCGUGCUUCUUGGCACCAAAACCGCCUGCAAGAGCCCUGGAUGUCUGUCGGACAGGAGAAAAUUAAAUAAAAUAAAGAUUUAGAAGAAAGGCAGAGGGGCAAGGAAAGGCUCUCCAGGAUGCGGCCAGCUGGCGUUUAUUGCAAAAUGC